AUGGAUCUCGGCGACGAAGGGAGCUCGCCAUGGGGCGAUGUGCCCUCGCGGUCUCCGCCCCCUCAGGUACCCAAGAUAACCCAAGAGAACGAGUCUGCACCGCAGUCCGAUUCGCAACCCGCCACCUCAUCUGCGUCCAAUGCCUCGGCCGCACCCCGCUCACCCGUCGGACGAGGGCCGCGAAGGAAGCAGUACGGCGCGCAGGCAACUAAGCUCGAGGCUGUUGAGGAUCCCUUGGGGCCUCUCGGUGCGCCUCUUGCAGACUCGACUCCGGGACCAGAGGCGCCACCAGCACCGCCGCAGAAAGAACAGGCAGGACGGAACGCUCCUCCACCACCAGCCGCAUCAAUACCCUCCCUGCAGGGGACCCUCGACUCCGUGGAUCUAGACGACGAUGACGACGAAAGGCCCCUCGCGCGAGGCCCACGAGUACCGCCUCCCGUUCAGCCAGCCACUGCAGCCGCGCCAAUCCGCCCGACACAACCAAGCGUAAGUGUGGAACAGGCAGCGAAGCCGACAUUCAGCAUCUAUGUGGGAGAUCCGCACAAGGUCGGUGAUCUGACGAGCUCGCAUACCGAGUAUUCCGUCAUGACCAAGACCACCUCCAAAGGGUAUCGCAACUCCGAAUUCACCGUCUCUCGUCGCUACCGUGACUUCCUAUGGUUGUAUAAUCAGCUACACAACAACAACCCCGGUAUAAUCGUCCCCCCACCUCCGGAGAAGCAGGCAGUCGGUCGGUUCGACACCGAUUUUGUGGAGUCAAGACGUGCAGCUUUAGAGCGCAUGCUAAACAAGAUUGCCGCGCACUCCGUUCUGCAACACGACGGCGACCUGAAGAUAUUCCUUGAGAGUGAUGCGUUUAACGUUGAUAUCAAAAAUAAGGAACGGAAGGACCCCGGCCUCGGAGAGAGCAAAGGCAUGUUCGGUUCAAUGCUAGGCGGAAGCAGUGGCAAGUUUGUUGAGCAUGACGACUGGUUUCACGACCGAAAGAUUUAUCUCGACGCGCUUGAGAACCAAUUGAAGGCUCUGCUCAAAGCUACCGACACGGUGGUGGCACAACGCAAAGGCUUGGCUGAAGCAUGCGGUGACUUCUCUGCCUCGCUACACUCUUUGUCAACCGUCGAAUUAUCCCCGUCGCUGUCCGGUCCGCUCGACAGCUUAUCAGAUAUUCAGAUUCGGAUACGAGAACUCUACGAACGCCAAGCUCAGCAAGAUGUGCUCACUAUGGGCAUUGUCAUUGAUGAGUAUAUUCGCUUAAUAGGCUCAGUGAAGCAAGCGUUCCUACAACGGCAAAAAUCGUACCACACAUGGCACAAUGCGGAAGCCGAACUUCACAAGCGCAAGACAACACAGGAUAAGUUACUAAGGCAAGGGCGCUCACAGCAAGAUCGUUUGAACCAACUCAGCGCCGACGUUGCUGACGCCGAGCGACGUGUUCACCAGGCAAGAUUAUUGUUCGAGGAUAUGGGUCGCUUGAUGAGGAGCGAAUUGGAGCGAUUCGAACGAGAAAAGGUCGAAGAUUUCAAGUCUGGGGUGGAGACUUAUUUGGAAAGCGCUGUGGAGGCACAGAAAGAGCUCAUCGAAAUCUGGGAAACUUUCCUUAUGCAACUCGACACUGAAGACGGUGACACUUUCGUCCCGCCCGCUGGUGUCGUCGCAUCGCCAAAUUCGGAACAAACGCCAUCUGUGGAUGAUGGACCAGCUACCGCAGAGUCAGAAUCUUCGGACGCAAGGGCAGCAGCGGAGGUGACGCGAGAGAUUGAAGAGUGA